AUGCCCAGUAUCGAUACCGUGCAAGGGAUUAGUUCCAUUUCUUUGGUAACGGAUGAUGCUGACAAGUUCAAUAAAGUUACGAAUUUCUACAAUUCAUUGGGACUCCGUUUGGUGAAGAGCUUUUCCAAAUUAGCUCAAGAUGGUCAAUCAUCCGAACCAAAGACUCAUUUGGGGAUUUCCCAUGAUUCCUUAAAGGAGAUUUGGCUCGAGAGUUUCCCCUUACAAAGGGAAGACGAGACUAUUCCAGGUGCGAUAGUUCCCUGGCAAGAUCUUGAAAUCUACAUUGGUGAUGACUCAGAGCCUCUCUGUGAUAACACCUUGUUGAAAAUCAGAUUAUCUACAUUUCCAGUUCAUGCUUCCGAGAAGGAUUUGUUGACAUUAAACUUUUUUUCAACCAAUUUAACCAAGGCCAAAUCUAUUUUGACUGAGAAAUUGAACGUCAAGCUUAUCGAAGAUACACCAGAUUUCCUCUCACUUAAAGACCCUUUAGACAACGUGUUGAUCUUCAGAAAUAGUCUAAACGAUUUGGCUAGAGAAAAGUACAAUUCUCCAAAAGAAUAUUUGGAGAAGAAAGCCACCGAAAUCUUAGCCCAUAUUACCGAAAAGAUAGAAUUAGAUGCUGAAUCCGAUGAAACUUCAGAGGCAACCAAAAAGAAGAAGAAAAUCGCCGUCAUGACCUCUGGUGGAGAUGCUCCAGGUAUGAACCCUGCUGUCAGAGCUGUUGUAAGAGCAGGUAUCUAUCUUGGAUGUGAUGUGUUUGCUGUAUACGAAGGUUACACCGGUCUUGUUACCGGGGGAGAUUUAUUGAAGAAGAUGUCUUGGGGUGAUGUCAGAGGAUUCUUAAGUUAUGGGGGUACCAAUAUCGGAACUGCCAGAUGUAUGGAGUUCAGAAAAAGAGAAGGUAGAUUGAUGGGUGCAUACAACAUGAUCAGCAAUGGUAUUGAUGCCUUGAUCGUUUGUGGUGGUGACGGUUCAUUAACUGGUGCAGAUUUAUUUAGAGCUGAAUGGCCUUCAUUAUUAGACGAAUUGAUCGAAACGGGUAGAUUGACCAAAUCUCAAGUUGCUCCUCAUAGGAAUUUGACCAUUGUGGGGUUAGUGGGGUCCAUUGAUAAUGAUAUGGCCAUGACUGAUGCCACAAUUGGUGCCUACUCCGCUUUGGAAAGAAUCAGUGAAAUGGUCGAUUACAUUGAUGCAACUGCUUCUUCUCAUUCAAGAGCCUUUGUCGUUGAAGUUAUGGGAAGACAUUGUGGUUGGUUGGGUUUGAUGGCCGGGUUAUCAACAGGCGCUGAUUUUAUAUUCAUCCCUGAAAGACCUCCAAAGCAUGGCAAAUGGCAAGAGGAUUUGAAGCAUGUUUGUUCUAAACAUAGAGCAAAGGGUAGAAGAAAGACAACUGUUAUUGUUGCCGAAGGUGCUAUUGAUGAUCAACUUCAACCCAUCACUUCAGAUGAAGUCAAGAAAGUCUUGGUUGAAUUGGGCUUGGACACCAGAAUUACUACUUUGGGUCAUGUUCAAAGAGGUGGUACCGCAGUUGCAUAUGAUCGUUUAUUAUCCACUUUGCAAGGUGUUGAAGCUGUGAAGGCUGUUUUGGACUUAACUCCUGAAGAUCCUUCUCCUAUGAUUGGUAUCUUGGAAAAUAGAAUUGUCAGACGCCCGUUAGUUGAAGCCGUUGCCUUAACCAAAUCUGUAGCUGAUGCCAUUGAAAGUAAGGAUUUCGACAAGGCAAUGUCUUUAAGAGAUACUAACUUUGCUGAAGCCUAUCACAGUUUCAAUGCAAUUUCUAUAGAUGAUGACGACGAAACAAAGUUGUUACCUGAAAGUGAAAGACUCAACAUAGGUGUUGUUCACGUUGGUGCCUCUUCAUCUGGGUUAAAUGCUGCUACCAGAGCUGCUGCAUUGUACUGUUUAUCUAAAGGUCAUAAGCUUUUUGGUAUUGUUGAAGGGUUCAGUGGAUUGAUUGAAACAGGUGAAGUUAGGGAAUUAAAAUGGUUAGAUGUUGAGAACUGGCACAACAAAGGUGGCUCAGAAUUAGGAACAAAUAGAAGUUUACCAAGUGCAGACUAUGGUAAGGUUGCUUACUAUUUGCAAAAAUACAACUUGCAAGGUUUAAUAAUCAUUGGUGGGUUUGAAGGGUUCAGUGCUCUACACGAACUUUAUUCUGAAACCAAAAGAUAUCCUAUUUUCAAUAUUCCUAAGAUUUUGAUUCCUUCUACGGUCUCAAACAAUGUACCUGGUUCCGAGUACUCCUUAGGUUCCGACACCUGUUUGAACCAAUUGGUCAAGUAUUGUGAUGCAGUUAAACAAAGUGCCUCUUCUUCAAGAAGAAGAGUGUUUGUUGUUGAAGUACAAGGUGGACACAGUGGAUAUGUUGCCUCUUAUUGUGGUUUAAUCACGGGUGCUAUUGCAACAUACACUCCUGAAGCCAAGAUUGAUUUAUCAGUUUUGCAAAGUGAUAUUGACUUAUUACUCGAAGUAUUUGCUAAUGAUAGGGGUGAAGAUAGAAACGGUAAGAUGAUCAUUCGUAAUGAGCAAGCAUCGACUGUUUAUUCCACAGAAUUAAUUGCUGAUUUAUUGAAAGAAAACUCUGGUAAGAGAUUUGAAACCAGAACCGCAAUUCCAGGUCAUGUUCAACAAGGUUAUACUCCAAGUUCAAUGGAUCGAGUAGUAGCCAUCAGAUUUGCUACCAAAGCUAUACAAUUUAUUGAAAGUGAGAAUAAGAUUAUUGCCAAUGAUGAAUAUUGUUCACCUUCAGUUGUUUUAGGUGUUCAAGGUACUGACAUCAAGUUGCUGAAUGUUGCGCACUUGUACAGUGAAGACGCCGAUGUGAAGUUAAGAAAGGGUAAGACUGUUCAUUGGCGAGAAAUGACCUACGUGUCCGACAUGUUGAGUGGGAAGUUGAUGUUGCUUGAGGGCAAAGAAUGCUGA